CCCUCAGAGCCAUGACAAAACGAGCCAGCCCAUCCGAAUCCGCCUCUUCCGCCAAGCGCCAGAAGCUCAGCACCAGCAGCUUCAAUCCCCGUAAAAUCACAACAGCCGAGAUAGGCGCGUCCGUCGACGCGAACCCGCCCUUGUCUCUGCUCCUCCAAGCGGUCGCAAAUGGGGCAAAGAAACACCGGAAGGGAGACUGCGUCGUCUAUUGGAUGCGUAUGGGCGAUCUUCGCGUCACGGACAACCGCGCGCUCUCCCUCGCGUCGCGCCAAGCCCGGGACACCAAGACGCCACUCGUCGCGCUCUUCGUGCUGAGCCCCCAGGACUACAUCGCGCACGACCGCAGCGCGCGCAGGAUCGAUUUCUGCCUGCGCAAUCUCGCCCUCAUCAAGAGUUCGCUCGCCGACCUGCAUAUCCCGCUGUACACGGUUUUGCAGCCGAAUCGCCGUCGUCUGCCAAGCAAAGUUGUGGAUAUAUUGGACGAGCUCAACGCGUCGGCCGUCUUUGGCAAUAUCGAGUAUGAGGUGGAUGAGCUGCGGCGGGACGUUGAAAUUUGCGACCAGGUGAAGGAGAAGAACGUUGGGAGCGUGUUCGUGCAUGAUAAAUGUGUGGUUGAGCCGGGCGUCGUGCAGACGAAGGAGGCGAGAUCGUAUGCUGUCUACACGCCUUAUCAAAAAGUGUGGUUGUCUAAACUCAACGCCGACAUUACGCAUUAUCUUGAAAACUACCCCAUGCCCGCCCCGAACCUUGAGGAUAUCCGCAAACACGCCAAAUUCGGUCCGCUGUUUGAUGUACCGGUGCCUGACAGCGUCGCUGGGUUCGCACUCGAGAAUGGUGACCGCAAGAUGAUGGAGAAGGUCUGGCCUGCGGGAGAGGACGUAGCUUCAAAGGCACGUGCAAUUGGUGACCCUAUCGGGUCUUCUCAGCUUGGAGCGGUGGAUCCCCUGGCCAAGGGUGCUGAAGAAUCGGACAAACGCAGCCGAUUGGCUGUAUACGGGGACGAGCGCGACAGAGCAGAUCGUGACACGACCAGCCGGAUCAGACAAGACCCCCAAGCGGGAACCAAGGUGAAUGGGGGCCGAGAUUCGAGUGUGGGACGCUGGGUUCAAGAAGUGGCGUGGCGGGACUUUUACGUGAACAUCCUUGCAGGGUUCCCGCGCGUCAGCAUGGGCCGGCCGUUUCUCGAGAAGUACUCCGAGGUUGUAUGGGAGGGACCUGUGCUCGAAGGAGCGUACGAAGCGAAGAACAAGGUUGAUACCAAGGAGACUGAAGAGAUGAUCGAGAAGUGGAAGCAAGGGAAGACAGGCUAUCCGAUUGUUGAUGCUGGGAUGCGCUGUAUGAAUGAGAUGGGGUGGAUGCACAAUCGUUUGCGCAUGAUCUGUGCCAUGUUCUUGACCAAGGACCUCAUGGUCGACUGGAGAGUGGGUGAAGAGUACUUUGCACAGAAUCUAAUCGAUGCAGAUCUGGCCUCGAACAACGGGGGAUGGCAAUGGAGCGCGUCGACGGGUGUUGACCCCUGCCCAUAUUUCCGUAUCUUCAACCCAUAUUCUCAAAGCCCCAAGGCUGAUCCUGCGGGCGACUUUAUCCGACACUGGGUCCCCGAAUUGGCGAAAUUGCAUGGGCCAGAUGUGCACAAGCCCUCGGCAUCGGCCGCGGACAAGCUGGGAUAUCCGCGACCUAUCGUGCAACACGACCAAGCUCGUGCUCGGGCCCUGAGAAGAUUCAAGGAUCCGGGAACCAUGUAGGGUCUAGAAUGGUUAGUAAAUGUCGACAACGACGGUAGAUAUGUAAAUCGCAUUUGUGAUUGUUGAAUACAGUAUUCAGACAUCUUUCUGGAAACGCUAGUCUGGCGCCUGCUUCCCGGGGUAGGGAGUCGAUUAGUUUGAAUUGGAUGCGUGUCUACAAUAGAUCACGGGAUCGUGCCAAUUAUGCUUCAGACCAAACUAAAGAUUUGCUUCAAACUCAAAGCGAACAUCCAUCACUUGCUUCUGCUCAUCAUGGCACGCUUCUCACAAGGGAUGCGCGCAGCCAGUUACGUUACGUGUUCGAUCCAGCGUCUCUAGCAUACAGCCAUCGUCUUGUGAGAUGCAGCAGCCAAGUGCGAUGAGCACUAUUCCCUGGGAGAUCCUGUCGUUGAUAUUCGUGCACUGUCUCGGCUGGGAUCCACUGACGCGACCUCGACUCAACGCCGGAGAGGCGCCCCUGGUCCUCUGCAAUGUCUGCAGCACGUGGCGAGCCAUAGCGUUGCAGACGCCGGCGCUCUGGAGCUGCUUCCAGCUGACGUUUGUCGCCAGCCACUUCAACACCGACCUGCUCGCCCUCAUUGACCUCUGGCUCCGGCGCUCAGGUGCACACCCACUCUCGUUCGGCCUCUCAUACGACGCGAUGACCGCGCUACGCCAUUCGAAGGAGCUGAACCAACUCAUCCAGCUACUGGUGCGGCAUUCGGCGCAAUGGCUCAUAGCGGAGCUGCAGCUGCCGGACGUGGACCAGUUCCAUCUCUUCCGGGGCGACUUUCCCGCGCUCGAGUCCCUGGCUAUCGGGUGCACCGCGCGGGUCGCCGAGAUGCAGAUCACGACGUUCACAAACGCUCCGAAUCUGUGCGCAGUCCAGCUCAGCAACCGGUGCAGCGCCGAUGCAGUCGUGCUGCCCUGGAGCCAGCUCUCGACGGUCAAGUGCGAGGCGCUUACGGUAAAGGAAUGCCUGAAUCUUCUCCUCAAGACGAAGAACAUCUGCCAGCUCACGGCGCUGCUGCGGACGGGUGAAUGGGUCCCCGCGGCGACAAGAGGGCUCGCCCUGCCGGCGCUGCACGCGCUCCAUCUGCUGCGGGAGGACGGCCACAUGGAUCUGCUGGACCACCUGCUCGUCCCGCGCCUCGAGACGCUCUCGGUGUCGCUGCGGGCGGGGGACAUGCCCCGAUUUUCGCAGUUUCUGGCGCGCUCCGGGUGCACGCUCGUGCGCGUGCUCCUGGACGCGUGGACGCUCGACGCGCGUGCACUGCUGCAGUGUUUCUCUUCGCUGGCUUGCGUGCAGGAGCUGACGCUUUGGCGGCCGCCGCGCUGCGACGAUGCGUUCCUCCAGAAGCUGGCGGAUCACCGCGUGCUUCCUAAUCUGCAGGUUCUGAACCUGAAUCACACGACUCCCGUGGACUUUUCGAUGCAGGGUCUAGUUGCGCUGUUGGCAGCGCGGUGGAAAGCGCCGGUGCAGUUGUGGCUUUUCCGCGGGCUGCUGCAC